CCCCAACCCCGAAGGCAAGGGGUGGGAAAAAACACGAGGCGGGGGUGGGGGAUAGAAAUACGAGAGCGAGCGAGCGAGCGAGCGAGCCUGCAGCAGCGAGAGGGACGAGAGGCGAGAGAGAUAAGCAAGCGGCGCGCGUUAACCCUAGCCCCCGUCUCCGCUCCGCUCCGCUCCGCUAGCGCUCCCGCCCGCCGCCUCGCUCGCCGGAGGAUUCGUACGCGCGCCGGGCCCGACGACCUGCCGCGCCACCUUCGCGCCGCCGCCGCCGCGCGCGGGCGCGCCUCGUUGCAGUUGUCCUUCACCACAGCGGAGUGAUGGCUGUUGUCAACCCAACCAACCUUGCUAUUGACGACGAUGACGACGAUACUCCCAUUUCAUUCAAGAGGACGAGUAACUCUACGAAGACUGCCAGGCCCACCCCUUCCAAGCAUGAGGGGUCGUCAGGAGGUAAUGGUGCACCUGUUAGGAUCCCCAAACCUGUGUCUCCCAAUCCGCAGAAGAACGGAGCCACCGGGGCUUCAAGGCCGUUGCAUAUGAAGCCACCGUCAUCCAGUCCAAACCAUCGUCCUUCUGGAUCUGGCCAGCCAAACAGUUUGGCACAACAUAGUUCAAAGGCUAAUAGCAUUGACAUGAGUAAACUGAAAAGACCUCUCGUCAAAGAUGAGAGAUCUGAUGACUCAGAUGACGAGGUGCCGAUUGGGUUAAGGAGAAAGGUUGAGGAGAAGAAGUUGAAGGGAGUUGAUACUCGGGUUCAGAAGACAGAUGACUCAGAUGACGAUGAUAAGCCAUUGGGUCUCAAGAUCAACUCAUCCAGAAUGUCUUCCAACAGAGUGAAUAAGCCUGUUCUGCAGAGAACUGUACCAAAGGUUGAGCAGCCUGAUGAAGAUUCAGAUGAUGAUAAACCAUUGGCAAGCAGGUUGCCCAGUAAUGCCGGUCCAAAAAGUGGAGGUGAUGUCUCUGAGGAUUCAGAGGAUGAGAAGCCACUGGCUGCCAGAUUUUCAAAAGUUGCUGGUAGUGGAAACCCAAAAAUAGCUUCUUCCAGCAAAGGGUUAACCAGUGAUACAAAUGGCCAACAAAGUUUGGGUAAAAGGCCUCUAGACAAUAGUAAUCAAACAAGUUCAGCUCUUAAGAAGGCUAAACCUUCAAACGUUUCAGCUUCUGCAAUCGUUAGAAGAGAAAUCAAGACAGAUGACAACACACCUCUUGCACAAAGGCUGAAAAUGGGAGAGUCUUCGAAAGGCAAGUCAUCUGCAAAGAGUGUCUUUAAGAAGAGUCCUGCUUCUGUGAAGAAGGACAUCAAGAAAAUGAAAGGGAAAGGGAAAUUAAAGAAGAACAUGAAAAAUUCUCAGUUCUCAAAGAUAAUGAAGGUCCCCCCUGGAUCUGGUGGAGGAAAGAAAUGGACUACCUUGGAGCACAAUGGUGUUAUUUUCCCUCCCCCAUACAAGCCUCAUGGUGUCAAAAUGCUUUACAAUGGGAAACCUAUCGAUCUGACACCAGAACAAGAGGAGGUUGCAACAAUGUUUGCUGUUAUGAAAGACACAGACUAUGCGGCCAAGCCAACAUUCAUUGAUAACUUUUUCACUGAUUGGAGAAAAGUUCUUGGUAAAAAUCAUAUUAUUAAGAACUUCGAGCUUUGUGAUUUCACACCAAUAUAUGAAUGGCACCUCAGAGAGAAGGAGAGGAAGAAGCAGAUGACAACAGAGGAGAAAAAAACAUUGCGGGAAGACAAAUUGAAACAAGAGGAGAAGUACAUGUGGGCUGUUGUAGAUGGUGUUAAAGAAAAGGUCGGAAAUUUCAGAGUAGAACCGCCUGGCUUGUUCAGGGGACGUGGAGAACAUCCAAAGAUGGGGAAACUUAAGCGCCGCAUUCUACCAAGUGAUAUUACAAUAAAUAUUGGAAAAGGAGCUCCAGUCCCUGAGUGCCCGAUACCUGGAGAAAGUUGGAAAGAAGUCAAACAUGACAAUACUGUUACAUGGUUGGCCUUUUGGAACGAUCCAAUUAACCCAAAGGAUUUCAAGUAUGUUUUCCUGGCAGCAAGCAGCUCACUGAAGGGGCAAAGUGACAAAGAGAAGUAUGAGAAGUCCAGAAAAUUGAAGGGUCAUAUACAAAGAAUUCGUGAGAAUUAUACAAAAGAUUUCAAAAACAAAGAUGUGACGAGGAGGCAAAUAGCUGUGGCAACAUACCUUAUCGAUAAACUAGCCCUUAGGGCUGGCAAUGAAAAGGACGACGAUGAAGCUGAUACUGUUGGUUGCUGUACGCUGAAGGUUGAUAAUGUUACAUGUAUGCCUCCAAAUCAGAUUCAGUUUGACUUUCUGGGUAAAGAUUCAAUAAGAUACUUUAACACCGUAGAGGUUGAAGAGCUUGUGUACAAGGCAAUUGAGGGUUUCCGUGCUGGAAAGAAGCCAGGACAAGAUCUAUUUGACAAGAUUGAUACAUCUAGGCUAAAUGCUCACUUGAAGGAUCUAAUGCCUGGGCUCACUGCAAAAGUGUUCCGUACAUAUAAUGCUUCCAUAACAUUGGACGGAAUCUUGCAUGAAGAAACAGAAGAUGGAACUGUUUUAGAAAAAAUCGCUGUCUAUCAGCGGGCAAACAAAGAGGUUGCCAUCAUCUGUAACCAUCAGCGUAGUGUCUCGAAAUCACAUGAGUCCCAGAUGACUAGAAUGAACGAAAAGAUUGAUGAGUUGAAGUCCCAGAUGGAGGAGCUGAAAGCAGACUUGAACAAAGCAAAGAAAGGGAAGCCUCUAGGCUAUGAUUCAGAGGGGAAGCCAAAGAGGAACUUGGCUCCUGAAGCGAUUCAAAAGAAGGUUGCAACACUUGAAGGCAAGAUAGAGAAGAUGGAGAUGGAUAAGAGGAUAAAAGAGGAUCUGAAGACAGUUGCGCUUGGAACGUCAAAGAUCAACUAUCUUGAUCCUAGAAUAACCGUGGCAUGGUGCAAACGCCAUGAAGUCCCUAUUGAGAAGAUUUUCAACAAAUCUCUCCUCGCGAAAUUUGUAUGGGCAAUGGACGUUGACCCGGAAUUCAGAUUCUAGGAGACCAUUGGCUACCAUGUGCCAGCCAGUUUGGUCCAGUUUCCAGCCCUUCUCCCUGGACACUAAUUGCAGCUAGGAAAGGAAAGAGCUCGGUGUUUGUUUUUUCAAAGUCCCCACCCCCCCUGCUCGUGGAACGAAGGAAAGCACCCGUCAUUCUCUUUGUAGGCCCUUCUUUUUUUUUUCUUUUGGUUCAAUUGCGCUAAGUUCAAUAUGUAUUCUGCUGAGAAAUCUGAGCUCGUUUGAGAACGGUUGGACAUUGAAUUCAUAGUGAGUUUUAAUCUUGAAUAUAGAUGACUUGUUGAGGGAUGA